GAGAGGGAGCGCGAGGGAGCGGGCUGCCGGCCUGCCCGCCAGCGAGUCGGAGCCCGGGGUGUGCGCCGCGAGCCGCGGUUGGGUGAGGAACGCGGCGCGGGAGCGCGUCCCCCAGCGCCGCCACAGCCGCUCUCCACAGCUCGAGCACUCCGCGUCCUAUCCUCCCCUCCCUCGCGCACCGGACUGGAGCUUGGGGCGGGGAGCGGAGGGAAGGAUCGAAACAGGAGGCGAAGAGUGAGGGGUGGAGGGGGUCCCGGCGCGGGGCGUAGCGCGCCCAGCUUCUCGCUCUCCCGCCGCAGCCUCCGCCUCCUCGCCCGGUGCCUCGGCCCCGGGGCGCCCGCACUAUGCAGGCGGACUGCCGGCCGCCGCGAUGGCGAGCUGGGGGGUGGUGAGGGCUGGGCGCAGCCCUCCCCGUUCCCGAGUCCGGGCCGCGGCAGCCGCCCCCGCCCCGGCCGCGCUCCCCCUCUCCUGCUCCUGCCUACUCCCUCCCGGCUCAAACGCCUCCUCGUCCUUCCCCAUGCCUGUGUGCCUCCUGCUCUUACUCAUCCUGAUCCUGCUGCUCGAGGACGCCGGAGCCCAGCAAGGUGAUGGAUGUGGACAUACUGUACUAGGCCCUGAGAGUGGAACUCUUACGUCCAUAAACUACCCACAGACAUACCCCAACAGCACCGUUUGUGAAUGGGAAAUUCGUGUAAAGAUGGGAGAGAGAGUGCACAUCAAAUUUGGUGACUUUGACAUUGAAGAUUUUGAUUCUUGUCACUUUAAUUACUUGAGAAUUUAUAAUGGAAUUGGAGUUAGCAGAACUGAAAUAGGCAAAUACUGUGGUCUGGGGUUGCAGAUGAACCAUUCAAUCGAAUCAAAAAGCAAUGAAAUAACAGUCCUGUUCAUGAGUGGAAUCCAUGUUUCUGGACGAGGAUUUUUGGCCUCAUACUCGAUUAUAAAUAAACAAGAUCUAAUUACUUGUUUAGACACUGCAUCUAGUUUUUUGGAACCUGAGUUCAGUAAGUACUGCCCAGCUGGCUGUCUGCUUCCUUUUGCUGAGAUAUCUGGAACAAUCCCUCAUGGAUAUAGAGAUUCCUCACCACUGUGCCUGGCCGGUGUGCAUGCAGGAGUAGUGUCAAACAUUUUGGGCGGCCAAAUCAGUGUUGUAAUUAGCAAAGGCAUCCCGUACUAUGAAAGUUCUUUGGCUAACAAUGUCACGUCUGUGGUGGGACAUUUAUCUACAAGUCUUUUUACAUUUAAGACAAGUGGUUGUUAUGGAACCCUGGGGAUGGAAUCUGGUGUGAUUGCUGAUCCUCAGAUAACGGCAUCCUCGGUGCUGGAGUGGACUGACCACGCAGGGCAAGAGAAUAGCUGGAAACCUGAAAAGGCCAGGCUGAGGAAACCUGGGCCGCCUUGGGCUGCUUUUGCCACUGAUGAAUAUCAGUGGUUACAAAUAGAUCUGAAUAAGGAAAAGAAGAUAACAGGCAUUGUAACCACCGGCUCCACUAUGGUGGAGCACAAUUACUAUGUGUCAGCCUACAGGAUUCUAUACAGUGACGAUGGGCAAAGAUGGACUGUAUACAGAGAGCCUGGUGUGGAACAGGAUAAGAUAUUUCAAGGAAACAAAGAUUAUCACCAGGAUGUGCGUAAUAACUUUUUGCCACCAAUUAUUGCACGUUUUAUUAGAGUGAAUCCUACCCAAUGGCAGCAGAAAAUUGCCAUGAAACUGGAACUGCUUGGAUGUCAGUUUAUUCCUAAAGGUCGUCUUCCAAAACUUACUCAACCUCCACCUCCUCGGAACAGCAAUGACCUCAAAAAUACAACAGCCCCUCCAAAAAUAGCCAAAGGUCGAUCCCCAAAAUUUACACAACCACUGCAACCUCGCAGUAGCAACGAAUUUCCUACACAGACAGAACAAACAACUACCCCUCCUGAUAUCAAAAAUACUACGGUAACUCCAAAUGUAACCAAAGAUAUGGCCCUGGCUGCCGUCCUUGUGCCCGUGCUGGUCAUGGUCCUUGCCACUCUUGCACUCAUGUCAGUGUGUGCCUGGCAUUGGAGAAACAGAAAGAAAAAAACUGAAGGCACUUACGACUUACCUUACUGGGACCGGGCAGGUUGGUGGAAAGGAAUGAAGCAGUUUCUCCCUGCCAAGUCGGUGGAGCAUGAGGAAACCCCAGUGCGCUACAGCACUAGUGAAGUUAAUCACUUGAGUGCAAGAGAAGUCACCACAGUGCUGCAGACAGACUCCGCAGAGUACGCACAACCUCUGGUGGGAGGAAUUGUCGGCACACUUCAUCAGAGAUCUACCUUUAAACCGGAAGAAGGAAAAGAAGCAGGCUAUGCUGACCUAGAUCCUUACAGCUCCCCAGGGCAAGAAGUUUACCAUGCCUAUGCUGAACCACUGCCCAUCACGGGGCCCGAGUAUGCAACCCCGAUCGUCGUGGAUAUGUCGGGGCACCCCAUGGCUGCCAUUGGUGUACCCUCAACAUCCACUUUCAAAACUGCAGGGAACCAACUUCCCCCUGUAGUGGGAACAUACAACACUCUCCUCUCCAGGACUGCCAGCUGCUCCUCAGCCAGGGCCCAGUAUGACACCCCAAAAGGGGGGAAGCCAGGCCCGAGUGCCCCAGAGGAGAUGGUGUACCAGGUGCCACAGAGCACCCAGGAGGUCUCAGGAGCAGGGAGGGAUGGCGAGUGUGAUGUUUUUAAAGAAAUCCUUUGAAGGUGAUGCUGCUUUUUUACAAAGCACCGUUUUAAAGCACAUGGCCUUUUUUUUUUUUUGUAUUAGUGGUAGUAAUAUAUAGAAUGUAUUACAUAUCUGUCACACAUGUGGUUGGGGAAAUGUGAUGACCGAGGUACAGGGAACUACUUGUUUUAAAGGUGUUGUUAUGGCACAGUACUGCUUACCUUUCAAACAUCCUGUUUGUUACUACUGUAAAACACUAUUUUUAAUACAGAAAAAGCUCCCUACUAUGCACUUCAAAGAUAUUAAGAGUCACUGAGAGUAUUUAUUACCAAUGCUGCAGGUACAUUGAUGAGCUCGAGAUGGCUCUGUAAGCCCGAUGGGCAAUAACGCAUGGUACUGUUGAAAUGUCUAAUGGCUUGAAAUUCUGCUCUCUGUGAAAGGUGGGUACUAUCAUGAUUGCUUUCUCUCCUUUUCCUGUAUUUUCUGGAUUUUAUUUUCCCCUGAAAAUAGUGAUAUGAUCAUUGUUUUGAUUGCAGUCAAACACUUACCAAUCUUCUCUAGGAGGAUCUGUAGCUGGGAAACUGACCUGUAAUGAGCAGGGUAUUGAUUUUUUCACUUUCUGACACUCUUCAGAGCAUUAACACUUGACGGUACGUGACCUGGUCUCACACCUGCUGGCCCUGCCUUGGGUCCCUGCUGGCCAGCCCCAUUCUUGUGUUCGUGAAAUGUUUUGAGUUUUUUCCAUGGGUGAAGCUUGCUUUAUCAGCCUCAUGAAUUCAGUUCCUCCGGUGUCUUUAUACUCUUCUUUGUAGGAACAGGAACAACUUGACAUUUUUUAGAACCUGUAGGAGCUUCUCUCCCUCUGCCCCCACCCCCCACUACCAACUUUAUUUGCAGUGGGAUUUUCCUAGGAGAGUUGUGAGAAGUUGAAGGCUUCUAAGUGAACAUUGUAAAAACACUGCCCACUUAUAUUUCACACAGUAAAAGGCAAAAGCAAUCCUCAGAAGUCAUACAAGUUACCUUCAAAAAAAAAGGGAAACCAGCCCUCUUUGUUUUCUUUGAACCUCAGUGUAUUUUAUUUUUAAUUUUUUUAAAUUUCAGUUUUCCAUAAGAAACACAAACCCCACAUGUAUUCUUCACCUCUGUGUGGUGGGAGGCGUGAAUGUCCUUUAUAGCAUGCCAGGAGAACAGCUGUUAUAGCAUCCUAGCUAGUAAGUAGUGCUGUGUUUUUGAUACCUCUGGGCAACUUGUCAUCAUUUACCCAGAACUAGUUUUAGAUCAGCAAAAUAAAAAUUAUCUGCAAUAAUAUUAGCCUAUGGUAUAAGAACCAAUUUUAAAAGUCUUUACACUAGCAAGACGAUAUGAGAAGCUGACCAUACAAUUAAAACAUAAAUUGACGUCCAUAAACCUCAGUUUGCAGACUUAAUAUUGUACUUUCCCAUCAGGUUCUAGCCAUUUCUUUCGGCCUGUAGCACCGGAUUAUGAUGAUGCCACAAUUUGCUAAAUUUGAAUAAAGAUGAACAGUGUUCAUCUUGCUUCCAUGGGUCUAUCAGUAUUCUAAAACAUUGCUUCAAAAAUGGAAUUAUUUCUAUAGCCUUCCUGCCCUCUAGUUGUGUAAAAGUGUGUUGGUCUUAUUUUCAUUUGAUUUUCCUUUUCCAGACAGACCUUGAGGCAUAAUUUUAUUCAUUGAGAAAUCAAAACAUAUUUUGUUUCAAAAUAUUUGAAACAAAAAGCACAGAUGUUGAAUUUUUUGUUAGAACAUAUAUGAAUGUGUGAAGCACAUGUAUUAAUGCAGUCAUCCCCUUUGAGGUGGGAAGAGUAAACCAAUUAUUUUUUAUUCAUCUUUAGUACACAGAAAAUAUACUUUUUCUCAAAUCAUAUGCCUGUUCAAAGCUUUAAGAGAAAUGUUUGUAGUAACACAUCAUUUUCCCAAAGAUGCUUGCUCUUUUUGUAAUUGUGUUUUGCCCAUUGAGUUUUUUUUGAGAAGCAAAUGUUUUCUCAAAUGUGUAUUUUAAGACUUGAUUCAUCUUGCCACUGUGCUGUCCUUAAACUACCAAUGAUUUUUUUAAAUACCUAGUUUUUACUAUUUUAUUUUCCAAGUGAAGAGCUGAGCCUGAUACAAAGGAUUGGUCUGUUUUUGUACUUUUUCAUAUUAGAGUGUUGGUUUUGGGUUUUUUUUUUAACUAUAUGUUUAUAUGUCUGAUAUAUAUAUACAGCUUUGGAGACAAUCAAGUAAAAACUGAAAAUGUGAAAGUAACCAUUUUUUUUUUUUUUACAAAAUUCCCUUGAAUUUUUAUUCUUUGCUAAAGUCACUGUAGUUUAUUGGAUUAAAUUUUUUCAUGUUACUACAGUUAUAAAAAUAGAAUCAGACAGUGGUACAGCAAGUGUGGCCCCUACAGGUUUCAUAAAGUUACACUAACGCUACUGUUACUUGAUCUUAGGAACCAGCACAGUUAAAAGAUAUUGUGAAUGCUGAUUUAUAUUUUAUUAAAAGCUGUAAAUCUAAAGAAAUCGUAUCAUAUGUACAGGUUAUAAUCCAGCUAUUUACGUCUAUGUUUCACUAUUUGCACUUUGCAUUGAACAAUGGGUUUAUUCGCUGAUGAAAUGGUGUUCGAGUAGAAAAUUUAUACAGGAAUUGAAAUUAUGACAUGAUGUAUGUACUUGCCCUCUCCCUCAGGAGGGAGCAGAAAAUGAGCUCAUCUGACUAUGAAUGUGGCCAUAACUCUGUAAAGAGUUAAAGCUUGAACUUCUUGGCUCCACAUUGUCACUUGGGAGCAAGAGGGCCAUAGCAACACCAUGUCAGACGAUACAGUUAGAGAGAAUAGAUUGUAUGGGACAGGAAAACUUUUCAAGCCUUAGGAGAAAUCAGCUAAGUUAUGCCUUUCAAAGGUUCUGAACUUGAAGUCCCUAAACUGUAAAAUGUAAAGAGUUGGAUGGUUAUUAAAAUACUUUACAGGUCAGCUGUGGCACCAAUUCUCAUUUACUCCAACUUGUGGCUAGUUUCUUCUUCAUCUCCUCCUUUUUUUGGCACUGGGACAGGUGGAAACAAAAUGGCUUAAGUGUCAGUGUUAUUCUCCUAGAAUGUAAUUUUCUUACCUCGGCAUGUACUGUAGUCACUCAGUAUUUGUAUAUGUUGCUAGAAUUUAGGGUAUAAAUAGUAAAAUUUUAAUGUGUUCAUAAUAAAUUGUAUAUAUGUG